CUCCUCCCCAACCCAUUUCUGCAUCGAUAAGCCAAACUCGAUCGCUAGCCAAUUCAACCAUGGCACCAUCUGCGAAUGCUACCCCACCGCCAUCUGUCUGCCCACAGCCUCCAACUCUCACUCUCCCUACAACUGGUUCUCAACAUCCUCUCUUCCUCUAUGGCACCGCCUGGAAAUCUACCUCAACAACUGACCUCGUAUCUGCCGCUCUUUCGGCUGGCUUCCGGGGCCUUGACACCGCAAACCAGCCAAAGCACUACCGCGAAGAUCUUAUAAGGCCAGCGCUAGCCCUCUUCCCACGUAACUCCCUCUUCAUCCAAACCAAAUUCUCCUCACCGGCCGGUCAGGACCCCGCAACAAUCCCUUACGACCCCACUGCCCCGCUUCAAAAACAGGUCCGUGCGUCAGUGGAACAUUCUUUAGAGAAUCUGGGUGUGGAAUGUCUUGAUGCGCUGCUUCUGCGCUCCCCACUACGUACCUUAGAGGCGACCAUAUCCGCAUGGAAGGUGUUGGAAGGUUUCGUUGCUGCCGGGAAGAUAAAGCAUAUUGGGAUCAGCAACUGUUCACUGCCGAUUCUCGCCGCGCUCUAUUCCAGUCCAGUGAUUUCGGUCCCACCCUCAAUUGUGCAGAAUAGAUUUUACGAGGAUACCGGGUAUGACCUUUCGUUGCUGGAGUUUUGCCGGGAGCACGGUAUCGUCUACCAGAGUUUCUGGACACUCACUGCGAAUCCUGGGAUCGUCAGGAGUGAGAUUGUCAGAAAGGUUGCUGCGGGGAGAGGCUGGACGAGGGAACAGGCAAUGUACGCUCUUGUGUUGGCGUUGGGUAGGGGAUGGGAGGCUGGCGGUGGUGUGUGCGUUUUGAAUGGGACAACGAAUGCGGAGAGGAUGAAAGCGGAUUUGGAAAUUGUUGGAGAAAUCGAUGGAAUCAAGGAAAGUGAUGUGGAGGAAUUUAGGGACCUACUCAAGACGGCGUACAGAUGAAGGGUUGGUGAUUGAGAAAUUGAAAAUAUGUAUUUUUAAUUUGUUCUUAUCAUAUAUACUCGCUAGUAUUCCUUGUCUGGAGCUAGUUGUUGUUUUUUUCAGCCA